GGAAAAUAUCUGUCUUCAAACCCUAAUAAAACACCAAGAAGAGAAGAAAGUGAUUAUUCGAAGGUGAAAAAUCACCAAAUUGCAUUGAUAAUUCACUAAUUCGAAAGAGUUCAUCGCCAGAUCUAGAUCCAUGGGGAACACAGAAAAAUUGAUGAACCAGAUCAUGGAGCUCAAGUUCACAUCGAAGAGUCUUCAACGCCAAGCCCGGAAAUGUGAGAAAGACGAAAAAUCCGAGAAGCUUAAGGUGAAAAAAGCGAUCGAGAAAGGGAAUAUGGACGGCGCUAGAAUUUACGCCGAGAACGCAAUCCGCAAGCGCAGCGAGCAGAUGAAUUAUCUCCGUUUGUCCUCGCGUCUCGACGCCGUUGUGGCUCGACUCGAUACUCAGGCAAAAAUGAGCACAAUCAGCAAGUCUAUGGGCAAUAUCGUCAAAUCACUCGAGUCAUCUCUCAAUACCGGUAAUCUCCAGAAGAUGUCCGAGACGAUGGACCAGUUCGAGCGCCAGUUUGUUAAUAUGGAAGUUCAAGCUGAGUUUAUGGAGAGUUCUAUGGCUGGAAGUACCUCGCUGUCGACUCCGGAAGACCAGGUUAACAGUCUCAUGCACCAGGUGGCCGAUGACUACGGCCUCGAGGUCUCCGUGGGGCUUCCACAAGCAGCUGGCCAUGCUAUUCCUACUAAGGACAGUGAGAAAGUCGACGAGGAUGAUCUAACCAGGCGCCUUGCCGAGCUGAAGGCGCGUGGGUAAUUGAGAAACUAAAGAUUUUCCUGUUAAUAACGAGGCUGCGCAAUUGAUAUAUUGUGACAUAGUAUGUGGAGUUCUCUCUAUUUCAUUCUGAAAACUGAACGUCUUUAAUGUACAUUUUAACUCUCUUGUGU